CCAUUCUUGGUCACUUUAUGUCGAUUUUGGGUCAGAAUUUGCCGUUUUUGGGUCAGAAUUUCCCGAUUUUGGCUCAUUUUGGGGCGAUUUUGACCGGGUUUUUUUUGGAAUUCCGGGAUUUUUUUGGCAUUUCUGAUUUUCUCUCCCUCCCCAGCCGGACCCUGGUGCUGUCCACGCUGGGAUUCACCUCGGUGGCGUUUGUCACCGGCGCCCUGGCGCUCUGGGCUCCGGCGUUCCUGUUCCGGGUGCGGCUGGCGCGGGGGGAGGGGCAGCCCUGCCGGGGGGGGCGGCGCUGCCAGGGAGACGAGAGCCUCCUGUUCGGCGCCCUGACCUGCAGCUCGGGGGUGCUGGGGGUGGGGCUGGGGGCGGAGCUUUCGCGCAGGCUCCGCCCCCGGCACCCCCGGGCCGAUCCAUUGCUGUGCGCGGGGGGGCUCCUGGGGGGGGCGCCAUGUUUGCUGCUGGCCCUGCUGUGCGCCCGGCCCUGCCCCCCCGCCGCCUACGUUUUCAUUUUCCUGGGUGAGACCCUCCUGUCCCUGAACUGGGCCAUCGUGGCCGACAUCUUACUGUACGUGGUGCCCCCGUCGCGGCGCUCCACGGCCGAGGCCCUGCAGAUCGUGGCCUCGCACUUACUGGGAGACGCUGGGAGCCCCUACCUGGUGGGACUGGUGAGCGACGCCCUCGGGGGCGGCGCCGCCGCCGUCUCGUUCCAGCGCGGGGCCGGGGCCUUGCUCCGGGCCCUGCUGCUCCUGCCCUUCGCCGCCGCCCUGGGCGGGGCCGCCUUCCUGGCGGCUGGGAACGCGCUGCCGAGGGACCGGAGACGGGCGCGGAGAGAGGCCCUGGGGCUGCCCCCCGACGCCGACAGCGACGACGACGACGGCGCCGACCCCGCGGCCAUCGUGGAACCGCCCGCGGCCGGAGGCCGGACACGGAGAGUGCCCGUGGCGCACGUGCUGGCCUGAGUGACCAUGAGUGACCACUGAGUGACCACUGAGUGACCUCUGAGUGACCACUGAGUGACACUGAGUGACCAC